AUAACUCCUUGGAGAUCAAAUUGAAGAAACCAGAAAAGAAAUUAGAGAGAAAUAAUUUUAGAGGAAGAAUGAACGAGAAGAAGACUGCAAUGUUGAUAGGAUUUGCAGGUGCAGCAAUCACUUUAUGUGCAUACUCACAGACCUUCAUCUCCCCAACUCAGUGCAUCACACUCGGCCUCCUUGUUCUCAUCUUCGGCUUGCUCGUAGGAGAAGGUUUCAUCCCUCUUUGA